AUGGCUGCCCUGGUGUUCUGCAACGUGUGUUUCCGACAGCCCCGAACGGCCACGCCAAGGUUCUGCCUGACCAAUUGCGGCCACGUUAUCUGUGAGCCGUGUCUUCAGAAAGGCAAAAAAGAUGAAUGUUUAAUUUGUAGAGCUCCUUGCCGUACAAUAUUUCUUUCUAAAAAGACAAAUCCUGAAAUUCAGUCACUGUUUAUGGGAAUAGAUAUGUUAUGCAAAAAAUAUUCAAGAGAAAUUACACAGAUUUCAGAAUUUCAAGAAAAACACAGAAGACGCUUAUUAGCAUACUAUAGAGGAAAGAUUGCAAAAUUGGAAGAAUCUCUUAAGAAGGCAACACAACAGAUACAUCAGAUUCAAUGCAUGAGGCCUCCCCAACAAACUACUCGACCUGCAGUUUCCGCUACAGUUAGAAAUCCCAUUUCCACAAAACAGAAUGGAUAUUCUCCGUACUCACUUCAUCCCAACUGCCCAUCAACCUCAGAAAUGGUAGAAUCCAUGGAGGUUGACCCUGUACCUUCCCCAGUGAGGAAACCUGAGACAGUGACUGGUCCAACAAGACUGUCAUUGAUAAGCCCACCUCAUGAUGGACGUAUGGGUAGUGUUUCUUAUAAAAGUUGUCAAUCAUCGGGACCAACUGCAAGUCAAAAUAGCACAGCAGGAUCUCUAAGAUCAACACCACUAAGAAUACCAAAUAACGGACAUUCGUUCACUUCAUCAUCUGGAUCACAAAGUACUAGAAUAGGCUUAUGGGAUACUCCUCGUUUCAGAACUCCUCAGUUGUAUGCAUGUACACCACCUUUCUCACAGACAUCUGUAACAAGACAGCCAAUCACCAUCUCCAGUCUUCUACAGAGGCAACAUGUAGGAUCUACUAAUCUUGGAGGACAUUCAGUAGAAAGAUAA